CUUUCCCUCCAAAGUGCUUUCCCCAGACUGCUAGGGUUGUUGCUCAGGAGUCACCCCAUCCAACCUUUCCACGGGCCGAAUCCAGAACCACACGAGGCAACACUGUUCGAUCCAUAAUAUUUUUUUUUCUCUCUCCCCCUUGCUUGGUCUUCGGACAUUCCUGCUUUAAACCCACUCCAUUUCUUCCUACUUUCCAUUAUUCAAGAGGGAAAAAAAAAACAUUGUCAUCUUUCAGUACCGUCUUGGUUGGGUGGGCAUCAUCACCUAUCAUAUAGGUUUGCCUGGUAUUCUGUCUCUUGAAAAGAAUUCUUCUUUGCUGAGGUAGCAAGGAACAUCCUCGCCAUCAAAGAUGGGAGACUCUAUCCAGCCGACCCACAAGUCGGAUGCCGGCCCCAAGGGGCAGCUCGACAAUGACUUUGAAAAACAAGUCGGUCGGGUCGAGAUGACGGCCGAUCUCAAGAGGAGGUUGGGCACUCGGCAUCUGAUGAUGCUGGGAGUAGGCGGUACGAUCGGUACCGGGUUGUUCAUCGGAACUGGGAGUGCCGUUGCCAAGGCUGGCCCUGCCGGCUGUCUUCUCGCCUUCAUCUGGGUUGGAACGUUGGUUUACAGCGUCAUGGUUGGUCUGGCAGAGAUGGCUACUUACAUGCCUGUCACUGGUGGCUUUACCGUAUACGCCAGUCGCUUUGUUGAUCCUUCCCUCGGAUUUGCUAUGGGCUACAUCUACUGGUUUUCUUGGUGCAUCACUUUUGCUCUGGAGAUGACAAUAACGGGUUUGAUUAUCCGCUAUUGGCUCCCCCAGGUGUCUCUGAGCAUCUUUGUCGGCGUCUUUUGGGUCGCUAUAACUGCCCUCAACGUGCUGCCCAUCAAAAUGUACGGAGAGAUCGAGAUGUGGCUGUCCUCUAUCAAGGUCAUUACAGUCAUCGGCUUCAUUAUCUUUGGAAUUUGCAUCGACGCCGGUGCAGGCCAGGAUGGUGUCAUAGGCGUCAAGAAUUGGCAAAACCCCGGCGCCUUUGCUCCAUACCUGCUGACGCAGAUGGGAAACAACGAGGCUCUCGCUAAAUUCGCCGGCUUCUGGGCUGUGCUGGUGCAGGCCGGUUUCUCGUACCAGGGCACUGAGCUGGUCGGUGUCGGCGCCGGCGAGACGCACAACCCCCGGAAGACCGUUCCCCUGGCCAUCAAGUGGGUAUUCUGGUCUAUCGUCACUCUCUUCGUGCUCACUGUCUUUAUCAUCGGCCUGCUCAUUCCUUACACCAACGAGACUCUCAGUAGCGGUGAGAACAACGCAUCGGGCUCGCCUUUUGUCAUUGCCGUGGACUUGGCCGGCGUGCGAGUGCUUCCGCACAUCAUCAACGCUGUCCUCCUCACGGUCGUCCUCAGCGCUGCUAUUGCCAACGUUUACUCGGGCUCCCGUGUCCUCGUCGGCUUGGCAGAGGAGCGCCUCGCACCCCGCUGGAUGAUGAAGACGACCUCGUGGGGUGUGCCAUACUACGCCAUCGCCUGCACGGCCAUCUGGGGUGUCCUCGGCUUCUUGAACGAGUCGGAGGGCGGGACGACGGUGUUCAACUGGCUCAUGAACAUCUCGGGUGUGGCCGGUUUCAUCUCUUGGACCUCGAUCAACGUCUCGCACCUCUUCUUCCGCCGGGCGCUCAGCGUGCAGGGCAUCCCGGCGGAGCAGCUGCCAUACCAGGCGCCCGGGCAGCCGUGGCUGACGUGGUACGGCAUCUUUUUCAACCUGCUCAUCAUCAUCACCCAGGGCUUCACUUCUUUCCUGCCCUGGAGCGUGACCGAGUUCUUCGUCGCGUACGUCAGCCUGAUCCUGUUUGCCCUGCUGUACAUUGGCCACAAGGCCUGGACGAGGUGUGGGUUCGUCAAGUCGCACGAGGCCGAUCUGAUCACUGGUACAUACCCUGUCGACUGGGAAUAACAGGGUGACCUUUUGUCAAGUUUCGUGGGUUUUGAAUCCAUCGGCAGUUGAUAGGUUUUUGUCUUGGUGUACGUUGUUUUGUUUGGAGCCACGGGUUGGGUUGCUUGUCACUAAUGGGGCGGGGUUUUUUUUUUUUUUUUUUUUUGCUUGGAGAUAUCCUU